AUGUUGUUGCCAUUGCGGGAUGCUGUAAGGACGAGUAUUUUGUCAAAGAAAUGGAGGUUUUACUGGCUCAAACUCCCACAGCUUGUCUUUGAUGAUACAUUGAUCAGAGAUUCAAAGAAAAACAAGAUCUCAAUCCAAAGCAAACUUCACAAGACUAUAUAUCAAGUUUUAUUACAUCAUAGAGGACCAAUAGUGAAGUUCACCCUCUCUAUUUCUGAAUUAGAAAGCUGUGUUUGGAUUUACGAGUUGAUAGUACUCUUCCUGUUAAGGAAUUGCAUCAGGGAACUAACUCUUUAUAUUCAAAGGGGCAACAGCUAUAGGUUGCCUCCGGCACUGUUUUCAUGUCCACAACUGAGAGAAUUGAAACUCAGUAAUUGUAUAAUUGAGCCACCUCCUACAUUUAAUGGAUUUAGUAGGAUCAGAAGUCUAGAGUUUCACUCAGUCUACUUUGCCUAUGGUGUACUUAGACGCUUGGUUUCUAGUUGCCCACAGCUUGAACAGUUGAAAAUUGGACGCAACAUCGAUUGUGGCUUCCUUGAAAUUGAUGCUCCUAAUCUCAAAUUCUUAAGCAUAAAUGCUAGAUUCGGAUCUAUUCAUUUCAAAAAUGUCCCUCUUCUUGCAGUAGUUUCAAUUACUUCGAAUUAUGACCAGAGACGAGAGAAAUCCGCAAUGAUUGAGGUUUUUCGUAGUCUACCUGUAAUUGAGACUUUGCAGUUGGGGCAUCGUUUUGUGAAGUUCUUGACUGUGGGCUAUGUACCUGAGAAGCUCCCAUUUACCUUAGACCACCUCAAAGUUCUUCAACUAAAAUUUAUUCGAUUUGGAGAAAUUGCCGAUGUCUCCUUUGCUCUCUGCUUGAUUAAAAGCUCCCCCAACUUGAAAUUUUUUGAUAUUGAGGUGUUUACCAGCAAAUAUGAUGCUACAGGAGUAACCGAACCUGUUUUAGAAUUUUUGGAAAUGCAAGAUUAUUCAGAUAUCUCUUUGAAUCAACUUCAAGAAUUGAAGAUGCAAUUCAUCUCAGGCACACGGCCUGAAUUGGAGUUUCUUAAACUUAUAUUAGCAACAUCUCCAUUGCUAGAGAGGAUCAUUAUUGAGCCCAACUCAGCGAAGGUUCAUGGUUGUGCCCUUAUACCGACAAAGCAGCGCUUACGCUUGAGAAGAAGAAGCCGUAAGCGUGAAAAGAAGAAGCCUGUUCACUUAUCGGUUGAGGAUACUGCUCAAGGGGUGACUAUGUGCUGUAAAAGUUUGUUUAGAAAGGGAAUUUGUUUCAACUUGUCAUUUCGGAUGGUUCGGUUCGUCUCAGGAUCCUUCACGAUACAGCUUUUAGAUGUUCCAGCUAAUUACCUUUCUGAAAAGGUUAGUCGUUGCAUUACUGAUACUUUUGGACGGUGUUUGAAGGUGGAGCUACGAGACAAGUGUGAUACCCCUCGAAUCCGAGACAAGGGUUAA